GGCUGCACUCGAGGGCCGGCUCGAGGGAUGCUGACGCCGGCACGAGGGAUGCUGACGCCGGCUCGAGGGAUGCUGACGCCGGCUCGAGGGAUGCUGAUGCCGGCUCGGCGGGGCGGCGUGUGCCACCGUCUUUGCGGGUGCUGCUGGCCCCGCAGGCGCCGGGGAGGACGGCGGGAAGCGCGUUGCACCUCGAGGGAGCCUUGACCGGCUUCCAAAAGCCACCGGCGGCUGGCAGUAAAAAAUACUAGAGGCAAAUAAGGUGAAUCCACAUGGAGCGGCGCGCGGAGACCCAGCAGGCAGCACCCGCCGAGCGGGGUCAGGCUGGAGCCGGGGCUGCAGGAGAGCCGUCCCCAGCAGGUCCCAAGGCCUGAUGACCCUUGUGCGGGUCCCUGUUGGAGGGGGGCAACGGGGGGGCCUCUUGCCGGCCCCUCCGAGCCGUUCCGGUCCCGGCUCUGGCUCCGGCCGGCCUGACGCUGUCGCCCUCCCGCCCGCAGGUUCCCGCGGCCGAUGAAGUGAUUUAUGCGCCUUCCCCAGCCCCUGCUGCUGCCGUAGCCGCCGCGCCGGACACCAAGGUCUGCUGGCCAUGGGCAACCUGAUAAAGGUAUUGGGCAAAGAUUUAGAAAACUGUCCGCAUUUUUUCCUGGAUUUUGAAAAUGCGCAGCCCACCGAGGCGGAGACGGCGGUGUGGAACCAGGUGAACGCCGUGCUGGAGGAGGCGCAGGCCGUGCUGGCCGAGCUGCGGUCCUACACGGGCGCCGGGCAGGAGAUCCGCGAGGCCAUCCAGCACCCCGGCGACCUGCAGCUGCAGGAGAAGGCCUGGAACGCCGUGUGCCCCCUCGUAGCCAAGCUGAAGCGCUUCUACGAGUUCUCCCUGCGGCUUGAAAACGCCCUGCGGAGCCUGCUGGAGGCCCUCACCAGCCCCCCGUACGCCCCCACACAGCACCUCGAGCGCGAGCAAGCCUUGGCCAAGCAGUUCGCCGAGAUCCUCCACUUCACCCUCAGCUUCGACGAGCUCAAGAUGACCAACCCCGCCAUCCAGAACGACUUCAGCUACUACCGGCGAACCAUCAGCCGCAACCGCCUCAACAACCUGCAGCUGGACGCGGAGAGCGAGGUCAACAACGAGAUGGCCAACAGGAUGUCCCUCUUCUACGCCGAGGCCACCCCCAUGCUCAAGACGCUCAGCAACGCCACCACCAAGUUCGUCUCGGAGAACAAGACGCUGCCCAUCGAGGACACGACCGACUGCCUCAGCACCAUGGCCUGCGUCUGCCGGGUGAUGCUGGAGACCCCGGAGUACCGGAGCCGCUUCACCAGCACCGAGACCCUGCUCUUCUGCAUGCGCGUCAUGGUCGGCGUCAUCAUCCUCUACGACCACGUCCACCCCGUGGGCGCCUUCGCCAAGACCUCCAAGAUUGACAUGAAAGGAUGCAUCAAGGUCCUGAAGGACCAACCCUCCAACAGCACCGAGGGGCUGCUGAACGCGCUGAGGUACACCACUCGGCACCUCAACGACGACACCACGUCCAAGCAGAUCCGGGCCCUGCUGCAGUGAGGGGCGGCGGUGCGGCCCCCCCGGCUCGCCCGGCCCCACGUCGCCCACGACCAUCCCGCUCAUUUUGUACGGAGGGAAAAGGGACAAAAACACACACGGGAAUACAAAAAGUAAUAAUAAUAAUGAUCAAAGCAAAUCAAAACGGCCCAAGCCCACCCCCCCCGCUCCCCCUUUCCGCCUCCCCCCAAAUUAGCACCCGGUUCUGGACACGGCGACGGUGUCACCCCGGGGACCCCCCGGCCGGGGCGGUGGAGGGUGCUGGGGCCGGGCAGGAUGGGGCCCGCGGCAGGGAUGCUCCCAACAGUUUCCGGAGGGAUAAAGCGGUCCAGGACUGGGCUGCAGCCGGGGACCGUCCCCCCCCCCCGGGGGAUGGGGACCCCCAAGGACAUGCAGAGGGGGCAGGCAGGGCUGGGCGGGCCAGGGCAGGCGGGUGCCCCCCCCCCAUCCCCGCCGAUGGAGAUACCGGCUUUGGCUCGGGAGCGUCCAGCGGUGGAGAAGAGGGAGGAGGAAACAUCUCCGCAGAUCUGCGCUGACGCUGGUGGAAACAGCUCAGUCUCACCCGGUAGAUUUUUAAUAUAAGCAAUUAAAUCUCCACUCACCUCUUC